UACUUUAGACUCUAGUUGUAUCUCCAAAAACGUCCUCCGGCAUAGCAGUCGGAUCUUAUAGAUUUCUCUUUCCUUCCCGGUAACCUUUCCGGCGAAAAGCAGAUCCGAGUUGAAAGGACUUCGUAAUGCAGCCGGUUCUCGUCCAGAAUCCGCAGUUAUGUCCUUCCCCUACUUUAAGAUCAAGUUCAAUCACAAAUUCAAAUAAUCCCUCGCCGUCGAUUUCUGCGCCCAGCCUUCUCCGGCAUGUAUUACUCCACCGACUUUUCACAUCUCGCGGCGGAUAUAGAAGAGGCGGCCUUGUAAAAUGCAUGGCUAAUCCCAGGAGAGUGAAAAUGGUAUCUAACCAGAUAAGGAGAGAGCUUUCGAGCAUGUUAUUGACGGAUAAGGUUUUACAGUACGCGAUUCUGCCCGAAGCCGCUCUCGGAGCUGAUAUGUAUCUCUCUUCGCUUACUUCUAUCAGCGACGUUGAAGUUUCAGCCGAUUUACAGGUUGUCAAAGUAUAUGUCUCUAUUUUUGGGGAUGAAAGAGGAAGGGAAGUGGCUAUUGCAGGCUUGAAGUCAAAAGAAAAAUAUGUACGAGGAGAGUUGGGAAAGCGCAUAAAGUUGAGACUUACUCCCGAAAUCAGAUUUAUUGAAGAUGAGUCUCUUGAGAGAGGAAGCAGGGUUAUUGCAAUAUUGGAUAGAAUAAAGAGCGAAAAUGAGAAGAAGGCGGAUGACUUUCCUGCUGAUGACAGGCCCAACUCAGUUGAACAGAAUGAGGAUGUCGGUGAAUGGGAAGGUGAUGACAACGACGAUGAACGAAUUAUUUAUGUGGAAUAGUUUCUGGUGAAGUUAGUCUUUGAACUGAAAGCAAUGGUGUG